GAGGUAUAGAGAAACCGAGGGGAAGAGAACCCGAGUGUGUGUAUGUGUGUGCGUGUGUGAGCGCGAGCGAGCUUGCGAGGGAGAGGAGCGAGAGAGUGCGAGCGAGAAAGAAUAAAAGGAAAGAAGAUUUUCUCUAUGUAUAUAAAGAUGGCCACGUUAGCAAACGGACAGGCUGACAACGCGAGCCUCAGUACCAACGGGCUCGGCAGCAGCCCGGGUAGCGCCGGGCACAUGAACGGAUUAAGCCACAGCCCGGGGAACCCGUCGACCAUUCCCAUGAAGGACCACGAUGCCAUCAAGCUGUUCAUUGGGCAGAUCCCCCGCAACCUGGAUGAGAAAGACCUCAAGCCCCUCUUCGAGGAGUUCGGCAAGAUCUACGAGCUUACGGUUCUGAAGGACAGGUUCACAGGCAUGCACAAAGGCUGCGCUUUCCUCACCUACUGUGAGCGUGAGUCAGCGCUGAAGGCCCAGAGCGCGCUGCACGAGCAGAAGACCCUGCCCGGGAUGAACCGGCCGAUCCAGGUGAAGCCUGCGGACAGCGAGAGCCGAGGAGAAGAUAGAAAACUCUUCGUGGGUAUGCUCAACAAGCAGCAGUCUGAGGACGACGUGCGCCGCCUCUUCGAAGCCUUCGGGAAUAUAGAGGAGUGCACCAUCCUGCGCGGGCCCGACGGCAACAGCAAGGGGUGCGCCUUUGUGAAGUACUCUUCUCACGCUGAGGCGCAAGCCGCCAUCAAUGCGCUGCACGGCAGCCAGACCAUGCCGGGAGCCUCAUCCAGUCUGGUGGUCAAGUUCGCCGACACCGACAAGGAGCGCACGAUGCGGCGAAUGCAGCAGAUGGCUGGCCAGAUGGGCAUGUUCAACCCCAUGGCCAUCCCGUUCGGGGCCUACGGUGCCUACGCACAGGCACUGAUGCAACAGCAAGCGGCACUAAUGGCAUCAGUCGCACAGGGUGGCUACCUGAACCCCAUGGCUGCCUUCGCCGCCGCCCAGAUGCAGCAGAUGGCGGCCCUCAACAUGAACGGCUUGGCAGCCGCGCCCAUGACCCCAACCUCAGGUGGCAGCACCCCUCCGGGCAUCACUGCACCAGCCGUGCCUAGCAUCCCAUCCCCCAUUGGGGUGAACGGCUUCACCGGCCUCCCCCCACAGGCCAAUGGGCAGCCUGCUGCAGAAGCUGUGUUUGCCAAUGGCAUCCAUCCCUACCCAGCGCAGAGCCCCACCGCCGCGGACCCCCUGCAGCAGGCCUACGCUGGAGUGCAGCAGUAUGCAGGUCCAGCCGCCUACCCUGCUGCCUAUGGUCAGAUAAGCCAGGCCUUUCCUCAGCCACCUCCAAUGAUCCCCCAGCAACAGAGAGAAGGGCCCGAGGGCUGUAACCUGUUCAUCUACCAUCUGCCCCAGGAGUUUGGGGACGCUGAGCUGAUGCAGAUGUUCCUCCCUUUCGGCCGGCACCCUGUGCCCUCCCGCUGCCAGGCCCCCUCCUGUCAGGGAGGACAGUGUCCAAUAAGCUCCUCCACCCGCAGGCUUCGUGAGCUUCGACAACCCGGCCAGCGCGCAGACCGCCAUCCAGGCCAUGAACGGCUUUCAGAUCGGCAUGAAGAGACUCAAGGUGCAGCUGAAGCGGCCCAAAGACGCCAAUCGCCCGUACUGAGCGCCGGCGGGAGCGUCCCCUGGGGGAGACCAGGACUCGCACAGGGCAGGAUGCUGAACGGGCUACAUUAAAAAACAAACCUCUCUCUCUCUCUAUUUAUAAAUGAGAACUGUUGGAUGACACCUUUGACAUAUCAGCCAAUAUCAAUCAAGCUGAGGACUCCAGACACUCUCUGUGACUGUAACAUUUCUUCAAGAAAAGUAUAGCAUCUAUGGAGUUCAGAGGGCACGUGUUUGGGGGAAAAUAUAUAUGACAAAGAAGAAGAUGAAGAAAAAUGAGGAAAAAACACACAAAAAAGGCAACUUUUAAAACAAAAUAACUUGAGACCAGAUGGGGAGGCUGAAGGGCUGGGAACUGGGAAAAGUCGCUGCUUACCGAUCCCCGGGGCUUUUCCAGCCCAUGGGCGCCUGCGGCAGGCUGGGGCAAGCGGUGUGGCGGGACCUGGUCCCCAGGGGGCGGCUGGGAGGCCGCCACUGAGCAUCUCUAUCUGUCAUUCCUUUAGCUAUUUAGGGACCAAAGGACCAAACUUUUUAUUGCAGAUGUGUAGCUCUAUGUCAAAUAGAGGGGGAAUGGAGGAGAACCUCCUUCCUGCCUCCUGGCUGUUCUUGAAACAGCUUAGAGCGAUUCUAUGAAAAAUGUAAUAAAAAAAAAUUAAAAAAAAAAACAAAAAAAUCAAAAACACAAAAAAAGGAAAACUUAUGCUUAAUUGCUUUUAAAACAGCAAGAAAAUAGUUCUUUGAUACUUUGAGAGGCGCUUUGAUUACCCUCAUUCAAGUCUAUGACACUUUCCUAUGGUUUUCUGUAUUAUAUGUCUGGAUGGAGCUGUUAAGAUGAACAAAUUGGUGGAUAUUUGGGGAAAGCAACAAAAAUAUUAAAACUCAUUAACUGUGAAGUGUGAGAAAACAGGAGGGGAAAAAAAGGGACUUACAAUGCAAGAUAUUUGUUGUGAAAAGUCUGUAAAUGCUUCUAACUCUUCCCCCUCUUAAAAAUCAUAAUAGUUGUACAGAAUUUUAAAAAGGAGAAGUUUAAAAUACCUAUAUAAUAGAAG